AUGGACUGGACCCUGUGCCGCGCUGUGGGGGUUGAUCUUUUCCGGGUGGCCGUAUAUUGGCUAACAGAAUACAAGAACGGCACUUGUGAGAAGGGCGUGGCUAAGAAGGAUCAAGUCAUAGGACAGUGCCAGCGAGAUAAGGAGGCCUGCUUCAGAGAUCUAGGUGCAGCUGAGACUCGACGUGAUUGUCAGCACUUGCUGGCCAUCGUGGCUGGUUUUCUUGGUGGUUUGAUCUGCGGCGUGACUCUCUGCAUAUUUUUGUGGUACCGACUGCUGCGUGCUGAGCCGCCGGGACGUGUUACUACACCGCCCGUGAUUGACGCUGUUCCAUUGAAGCUAGGCCUUUUUGAACAACAGGCUGGAGAUGUCAAUUGGCUGCAGCAAGACGGCGCGCUCGUGCGCUUCCGGGAUGAUCCAGAUCUUUUGCACUUUCGCGAAGUCGUCAAGUGCACAGAGGGAAACCACUGUUUCGUCCUGACUCCCGAUCGGGACUUGAACGAGGUGGACCUCGAGGAGGGUAACAUGUUCGUGGAAGUGAAGAGGAUGCAGCCAGGCCGACUGCCGAGAGGCAUCCGUGAUGCCGACACUUACCUGCCCCGACACAGCGGUGGAGGAGAGUUCACUGCUGAAGAGCUCAGACACUACGCCCAGGUCGCUGAGAAGCUCAGUAAGGGCGGCGGUGCACAUGUUCGACGUGUGGGCAAGGUAGGGACAGGAGGACUGGAUGUGCUACCUGGCGGCGCGCAGCAGCCGGCAGCCCAGCCACUCAGCGAGCUUGCCUGGAUGCAGGUCUUUGGGGGCUCUCCUGGCUCUUUGGGAGCUGAGGUCUUUCCGCCCCCCGACAGUGCAAUCGUGAACGCUGGGAGUGACAAGUACACGAUCUUCGUUGAUGGCUUGCAGGGAGGCCAGGUGGUGCUGGCGAGACAAGUGUCGCGAGCUGGUCUUGAGGCCGCAAAGAGGCUCUUGUCGCCUCCUGACAACAAAGGAUCUGAGAGGGAUGUGCGGGUGCUGCCCGUGCUUUUCGACUCUGCAGAAGAGCGGUGGCGCACUGUGGCAGAAGCGGUGCCGGAAAGCGAGGAGGUGGACUAUGAGGACUUCCCUCUGGCUGGGCCCCGCACCGUGAUGCGAGACAUGCGUCAGUUGAGGCGGGCCGGACAGGACUUCCUGCAGCACCACGAGAGCUGGAUCAAGAAGUCGGGCGUGCGAUCAACGGACAGGUCAGUGCAUGAGCAUUCUAGUUUGUGCAGGGCUUUGCAUCUCAUGAUCUGCUACGACCAGUUGAAUGCUCCCGCCCUCGCAGCUGCAGAGGCGUUAAACAGGCGCCGGGCACUCAUUGAGUUCGCCCACCAUGGGCGCCCCGAGGCGCCCAGCUAUGAGGGUGCUGAGGACCUGCUUGGUGUGCGGGAGGCCAGCGACGGCGCCAUGAUCGACCCUGCUCUCACCUCUUUUGCCGCGAAGAAGGCAGCCAGCAAGGCCGAGGUCCUCAAGCAACAGCGCUUGGCUGCCGAAGAGAAGCGUCAUCGGCGCAACCAGGCUGCUGUGACAGAGGACGAGGCCGGAGCAUCGUCAAAGGCAAAAGCCAAGGGCUGGAGUGUAGCCCAAGAAGAUGUACGUGACUACUUCUACCGCCUGGGCAUCAGUCGGGAGUUGGGAGAGUACUUCUGUUUGCCCGAGAUCGAUCCCCACAUCCUAAACCAGAUUCUUGGUGAACUACCAAAGGAGCUGGCAGAGCUGAUCGACCUGAGCGCGGCGCCCAUUUAUCCGUGCAUGGCCGUGUUACCCAUGGGCUUCAGCUGGGCUUUCCACUUGGCACAUAAGGCACACGUACAUAUUGCUUCCUCGGCUUUGCCUCACGUGAACCUUAUGCAAGAUCGUACACCGAUCCCAAAGCUGGGUGCCAAGGGAGAGUCCAACACCACGGCAAUGUUGAUUUAUGCAGACAACAAUAAUCAUGUGGGUACAGAUUUGGACAAGGUCGCUGCCGACCAGGACGCUGUCAUGGGUGCCCUACACCAGCGAGGCUUGGACACUCAUGACGUGACGGAAGCAGCUAGCCUUGCAGAAAGUCUUGGGGUCAGAAUAGAUGGGAUGGCCGGACAUGUGCUACCUACACCAAAGAGAGAUUGGAGACUGGACAGAGCUUUGUCGGCGAUAUGUAGAGGAGUAAAGCUUUCCGGUCAGGAGCUACAAGUGGUGAUUGGGCAUGUCACAGUCCGCUCCUUAUUGCACCGGGGUUUGAUGGGCAUCAUCCGCUACGCGUAUGCCUUCAUAGAGAAGAACUACACUCGCCGUACCCGAGUUUGGGGUAGUGUACUUCAGGAGCUUUACCAUUUUCGACACUUGAUGGUCUUGGGCUUCGGAAAUUUCAAGCAGGCGUGGAGCGACACCAUUUUUUGCACGGAUGCUUGUCUUUCUGGGUAUGCUGUAAUGUCUAGUGUGCAGGGGUCCGACACAGCGCUCGACACGAGCAUGGUCUUCGAGGAUCCCUUGACUGUCAAGCCCGAAGUUGACGGAGAAGUCAUGGGUCAUGUUGAGGUUGAUCCCCGCUUUCCCGAUGUCGAACCAUCUGUCAUGAGUCAGGAGAAGUGGCGGCGAGUGUGGUGCUGUCCGGUACACCAUCGGGAGCCAGUUCACCUGAUAGAGGCGCGAAGCAUCUUAGGAGCAGUGAAGCACAUCGCUCGGGACAGUCGCCGACAUGGGCAACGUUUUGUCAUUUUGAAUGAUAACAUGUCCGUGGUCCUUGCAUUGCAGAAGGGGAGAUGCAGCUCUUUCAGUCUGUUGCGGCUCAUCAGAAGGAUCAGUGCUCAUGUUCUGGUUUCCAAUAUUCGUCUUUGUGCUCGGUGGGUUCCAUCCGAGUGGAAUGUGGAGGUCUUCACCCGAGACGAGGCGAAGGCUGCAAACCGCCGCAUGCAGUCGUCCGGUCAGCUCCCCGAGAGGGACGUGCUGCAGAAAGAGAGAAGUUCGUCACCUCUGAGAUCGGGGAAGCCGAGCCGGGCGGACCUGAGGAGCCUCUUGGCAAGCCACAAGAGGCGGCAGCAAAGGGGCAUCCAGCGCAAGAAGAAGUACGAGGCUCGUUUGCGAGCGACCAGGGGGGAGCGUGGACUCCUGGAGCAGAGCAGCGUGCGAGAGCCGCAAAGGAAGGACUACUUGAGCAAGUUGGAGGGCUUCUACAGCUUCGUCGUCCAGUACGACCUCGCUCUGUCCAACGAAAAGGAGCUGGACGAAGCCUUGUGCGACUACGGGGACAUCCUGUUCCUAGACGGCUACGGCAGCAACUUCGGCGAGAAGCUGAUGGCGGCGGUCGAGUUCGAGCGCCCCGAGUUCGCCAGGAGUGGCAUGCUAGCCGUGCCUCGCUUUCGCAGGAGUUUGAAGGGCUGGAGGAAGCUGGCCCCUGCGCAGACAAGAAUGCCCAUGCUGGAGUUCUUGAAAGGUGCGAUCAGCGGGGUGAUGCUGAAGAUGGGGCAAAGGAGCAUGGCGCUGUACAACGAGGUGACCUUCAGCACGUACGCGCGUCCAGGAGAGAUGAUGCGAGUAAGUGCCGAGGAUGUCCUGAUGCCAAACCACGAGUUCGACAAGGCGGUAAUCGUUUUGGGGCCACUCGAGCGGGGGGAGUCGUCGAAGGCCGGGAUCUACGACGAGGUUCUCCUCCUCGACGAUGUUCGAGCCCCUUUCCUACCUUCACUCCUACAUGCACAGGCGUGCAAACAGAGGAUGGAGAAAGGUGCGGAGGCGCCUUUGUGGGACUUUACGGCCAAAGCCUACCUCAAGACUUGGAGGGAGUGUGUCGUGGCAUUGGGCAUUCAGCAGCUUGCUACCAGCCCAUACCAGAACCGGCAUGGGGGAGCAAGCAGAGACCACUUGCAGCGACUGAGGAGCAUCGAGGAGAUUCGACGGAGGGGCAGAUGGGCAUCGGAGACCAGCGCCAGGAUCUACGACAAGCCUGGAAGGAUGCAGCAGCUGAUAUCCCAACACGAGGGCAAGUUCCGGGAUUUUGGGGAGAAUAUUCGUGUACGCUUGUACCACAGUGGCAAUGUUGUGCUACCGCGGAGCAUCAAGGUCCCAACUUCCUGA